UCUGGCGAGUCGCGCUCCAAUUGACAGCUUUCCCCUCCUCGUCUUCUUCUUCGCCCAUCAUUCUCUUCCAAUUCGAGUCGCCGUUGUCAAUUGCCGCAUCGUGUCUUCUCUUCGUCACUCGUUCGCUACUUCUCUCGCAUUCGUCGAAACCGCAACCCAACAAGAACAGCACGUCGCAAACAGUGACACUAGUUUCACAUCGCGCCCCGAGACACCCGCCCUAGUAGGCCUACACCUGCUCACCACCAUCUCCAGCGCUGCUUGCCGCAUCCGUCGCACAUACAUCGGACUGCAAUUGACUGUUGGCGGCCGUAGCGACGUGCCUGUGCACUUCUCUGGCAUGACCGAGCACAACGCCAACGAUUGAAGCGCAUUGACGCUCGCUCGACCUUUCGUCUUUUUAUUCCUUCAGCUUCUUGUUCCUCCGGGUUUUGCUUCAUGUCCGUCUGUUCUCGAGCACGGCGUUCUCUCGUUUAGACUAUCCGUCUUUCGACAUGUCCGACAGCGACCUCGCCACAACGGAGAAGCGAGCCGCCCACGACUUUGCGAGCCCGGUGUUUCCGCCUGCCAAAUACAACAAUGCCUCUAGAUCCAGGGUGCCUCUUCAGCGCCGGCUCAAAGAUGCUGCUGUUGCGCUGUACCAGGCGACUGUUGUGGAGUUGAUUCUUCGACAAAAGCACAUCCAGGCCUCCAAAGAUGGCCGCGCCAUUCCUCUAGCUAUUGAGCACGACAAACCCUUGAUUGACACCCGUCGAGGCCACGCCUACAUCUCCAACAAUGUCCGCACCUCUCGCUACACGAUUUGGGACUUUAUUCCGAAGCAAUUAAUCUUUCAAUUCUCCCGUGUGGGCAACUUCUACUUUCUCUGUGUUGGUGUUCCUCAGAUGAUACCCGGACUCUCGACGACUGGCUCUUACACAACUAUUCUACCACUGCUAUUUUUCGUCUGUUUGACCAUUGUCAAGGAAGGGUACGACGACUACCGACGCCAUCGUUUAGACAAAGUCGAGAAUGCCAAUUUCGCAACUGUCCUUGGCCGUGAGGACCAAUUUACGGGCAAGCCAAAGCCGGAGCGCCCUUGGGAUCGAUGGAACCCUUUUCGGACAAAGACAACCGCUGAGCCGAGACCGAUUGCUGACGAAGAAUUUAAAAACGUUCGAUGGGUGCCCACCAGAUGGAGCAAUGUCAAAGUUGGUGAUGUGGUGCGACUGUCGCGCGACGAGCCCGUGCCUGCCGACCUCAUCCUCCUGCACAGUGAUGGCGAAAAUGGCAUGGCAUAUAUCGACACAAUGGCACUCGACGGCGAGACGAACCUCAAGUCGAAGCAGGUGGCACACGGCUUCGAGGACUGCGACACCAUUAAAGGCAUCGCCGCGUGUCAGGCAGAAUUCGUCGUUGAAGACCCCAAUCCGGAGCUGUUCAACUUCGAUGGUCGCGUCACCAUCAACGGCAAGGCUGUUCCGUUGACGCUAAACGAGGUCGUCUACCGCGGCAGCGUGUUGCGCAACACCACCUGUGCCAUUGGUGUCGUCAUCAACACGGGAGAGGAGUGCAAGGUUCGCAUGAACUCGAAUCAGCAUCCGCGAGCCAAGCGUCCUGCGCUCGAAAAGGUCAACAACAUCAUCGUUCUCACACUGGCCGCCUACGUCAUCAUCCUCUCUGUUGGCGUUUCCAUGGGUUACAUCCAUUGGAAGAAGGCAUACGAGCACCAUGCUUGGUACCUUCGAGACGCUACCGUGCCGUUCCACGAGAUCAUCAUCGCAUUUAUCAUCAUGUUCAACAACGUCGUGCCGCUGGCGUUGUACAUCAGCUUAGAAAUUGUCAAGAUUGGACAACUUCUGCUGCUGAACUCCGACGUCGGCAUGUACGACGAGGAGACGGACACGCCUGCGCGAUGCAAUACCAACACCAUCCUUGAGAACCUGGGCCAGGUGGGCUAUAUCUUUUCGGAUAAGACGGGUACUUUGACGGACAAUGUCAUGAAGUUUCGAAAGAUCAGCGUCGCCGGCACCGUUUGGCUCCAUGAGAUGGAUCUAGAGCCUGCCGAGCCCGCCGUAUCUCCCGAGCCGGUUUCAGAGGCAGGAGGGUACUUUGUCAGGAAACAGUCAGUGCACAAGGCUGAGCCCCUCAGUAUCGUCAUCCCCGAGGAUGAACCUGAAGCAGCUGUGACACCCAUGUCACCGGCUUACUCCACGGGAAGGCGGUCGUCAUCGCACUGGCGCUCCACGGGUCGCCCUGACCACAUUCAACCUGAGGUCAAUACAUCAGAUCUCCUCGAAUAUAUCCGCCUGCGCCCAUACUCGGCAUUCUCUAGAAAAGCUAGAGAUUAUCUUCUUGCCGUCGCCCUUUGCCAUACCUGUCUGCCUGAAGUGCGCGAUGGCAAGACAGAAUUUCAGGCCUCGUCGCCUGAUGAGCUCGCACUCGUUCGCGCUGCACAGGAGCUGGGUUAUUCAGUCAUUCACCGCAACUCGAAGCGCAUUACUCUCCAAGUACCACAGCCUAACGGGAUGAUCGAGAAGAUGACCUUUGAGAUACUCGAUGUCAUUGAAUUCAGCAGCGCACGAAAACGAAUGUCCAUCGUGGUCCGCUACCCUGACGGGCGUGUGUGUGUCAUCUGCAAAGGUGCCGACUCGGCGAUACUCCCGCGCCUCAAACUAUCCUCGUUGGCAAUGCAGAAGGCCACCGAGGUCCGACAAAGCGCUGAUCUCGAGCGCGAGAUGCUUCGGCGCAGUGAGCAGAUGGAACCGCGGAACAGCUUCGGUGGCAGGCCCAGCCUCACCAUGCGGCGAAACCCAACUGUGCGCCGGGAGCGGAGCUUGAGUCGACGCCCGGCUGCCGAUAGGAGCAGGUCGUUCGAGAUUCACAAGCUCGGGCGCGCAUCAGAUGACCGACCACGGGUUUCCGUCUCAUCUCCCCGUGGGGUCUCGUUUGAUGUGUCCAGAAAUCAGUAUCUCAACGCUCCAGCCAACUAUCACUUACCAGUACCUGACCGCUUCGACUUCCUCGACGAUCCUUCCAUCAGCGACGAUUCGGAAGUGUUCACUCAAUGCUUCAAGCACCUGGACGACUUCGCAACGGAGGGUCUGCGAACGCUGCUGUAUGCGCAGAAAUUUGUUUCCGAUCACGAGUAUCGCACCUGGAAAAAGGCAUAUGAUGACGCUACGACAAGCUUAUAUAACCGCCAGGAACUGAUUGAGGCUGCUGGCGAUAUAAUUGAGCAGUCAUUUGACCUAAUAGGCGCCACUGCCAUCGAGGACAAGCUACAGAAAGGCGUUCCCGAGACAAUCGACAGGCUGCGUCGCGCGAACAUCAAGAUUUGGAUGCUCACGGGUGACAAGCGCGAAACGGCAAUCAACAUCGCGCACUCUGCUCGCAUCUGUCGGCCUAGCUCAGACCUGUUCAUCCUCGACGUCACCAAACGCCCACUCGAGUGUCAACUGGAGGCUCUUGCAGAAGAUCUACACGCCGGGUCGACGCACAGCGUGGUUGUCAUUGAUGGCCAAACUCUGGGGGCUGUGGAAAAGUCCAAAGUGCUAUCCGAGAAGUUUUAUGCCAUCAUGAUUCUCGUCGACUCGGUCAUAUGCUGCAGAGCGUCGCCGGCACAAAAAGCACUCCUAGUGCGCACCGUGCGCUCACAGCUGGGGAGGUUCAAGGGCAGGGACCGACAGGGCCUGACGCUGGCCAUUGGCGACGGUGCGAAUGAUCUGGCCAUGAUCCAAGCAAGCCACGUCGGCAUCGGUAUCUCGGGCAAAGAGGGCCUCCAAGCCGCCCGUGUGGCCGAUUAUGCCAUCGCUCAAUUUCGCUUCCUUCAGCGGCUCCUCCUCGUCCACGGUAGGUGGAACUAUGUGCGAACCGCCAAGUUCAUUCUCUGCACGUUUUGGAAAGAAAUGUUUUUCUAUCUCCCGCAAGCCGCGUAUCAGAGGUACAAUGGAUACACGGGUACCUCGCUCUACGAAGCGACGAGUCUCACGGUCUUCAACACGCUCUUCACCAGCCUGUGCACCAUCUGCAUGGGCAUCUGGGAGCAGGACCUCUCCGCGGAGACUCUGCUGGCCGUUCCGGAACUCUACGUCUACGGGCAGCGGAACAUGGGUCUCAAUUUUUGGAAAUACGUGCGGUGGAUGGUGCUCGCCGCCACGGAGGGUGUCAUCGUGUGGUUCAGCGUGUGGGCCGCGUACGGUAGCGCCGUCCCAGGAGCCAAGGACGAAGGCAUCUACGCUCUGGGGACCUUGGUGUUCACCAUCGGGGUCCUGUGGAUCAACUGGAAACUAUUUAUAUUCGAGACGCACUACAAGGCCACCCUGGUCAUGUCCUCGUUCUUCGUCACGACUAUCGGCUGGUUUGCCUGGGUCGCCUUUCUCGACGGCGUGUUCGGCGCGUCGUCCGGGCCGUACUCGAUCCGCCAUACUUUCAGGAACGGCUUCGGGGCCGACGCGCUAUGGUGGGCGACGGUCUUCAUCGUGCUGGGCUUCAUGGGGCUCAUGGAGCUGUGCGGCAAGGCCGCCAAGCGGGGCCUGCUCGUUGCCGGCCUCUGGCAGUGGCCGCCGUGGCGAAAGCACCGGCUCAGUGAUAACGUUGAGGAGUGGGACCUCGAGCUUUGGCAGGAGAUGGAGCAGGACCCUGCCAUGCGGGCGCGGCUCAGGCUCCUUGCUCGGGAUGAGGAGACGGCGGAGGAGAGUGCGGGCAAGGACGAGGAGUCGGAGUGUGAAGAAGAGGAAGACGACGUGGCGGUGCGCGCCUGAUCGCCCAGGGCAGUGGUGAUAACCUCUGGCUGGGCGUUUCUUGUCCUUCAUUUGUGCGUUCGAUGAUACCCCCCACAAGAACACGACUUUAGUCGGGCUGCGAGCUUGUUAGACUUGGAUAGACUAGACUGUUUGUUGCCUUGUAAAUUCAGGCCAUGGCGGAGAGACAGGCCGGCUACAAUGAUGACACAAGAGAUGC